UUUCCCUGCAGGUGAUUCAGAAACUCCAGGAUGCGUCUGGAAGAACCCAAAAGGCUGCAGCAUACGUUAGAACAAGUUAGUGAUGACAACUAUUUACUUGAAAGCCAUCAGAUUGCUAUGGAUGUGGACAAUAAUAUCGAAAAAUAUCGUAUCAACUUGCAGCCCCUGGAAUCAAAAGUGAAAAUUAUUCAGCGAGCAUGGCGCAAAUACCUGCAGCAUCAGGAUUUGCUGCACCAGGACCACCUGGAGAAGCGCAGUCCAUCACCACCUUCCUUGUCAUCUGACAAAAUGAGCAGUUCGAUCAGCAUGAACGCUUUUUCCGAUGGCAGCACUCCUGAUUACCGCGAGGAUGGGAUGGAUUUAGGAAGCGACGCGUGCAGCAGCCGCUCCAGCUCCGAGUCCAGCUCCAGCAAAGUCACCCCUUGCUCGGAGUGCAAAUCCUCCCCCUCCCCCAGCAGCCUGGACUUGGCGGCCCUGGAGGACUCGGAGGAGGAGGAGGAGGAUUACCUGGGGUACGGCAGGAAGGGCACUGCCGCGUGGGAGGAGGACGGGCUCUGCACCGCCGGCUGCGAUGCCAAGGCUGCCAGGCGAAGGAGUUUGGCGGAGGAGCUGAAGGAUGUGAGAAGCACCAGCGCCUCCAGCACCAUGCCGCCCCCCGCCCCCAACGGCAACCCCCCGCCCCAGGACCUCCGGCAGAACGGCAACGUGGUGCCCCCCAGCCGCAGGACGGGACACCGCGGGGCAGGAGGGCGUAAAGCCCAUGCCCAGAAAGCCCAGCCGGCUGUAGGGAGGCUCCGCGGUGGAGGGGAGGUCGCCCCUGGGCACCCUUUGGACAGCUCCACGGGGGUCAUUUGGCUGCAAGAGCAGGAGCCCCAGCUCCCGACUAUGGACUGGGAGGCUCUGGAGAAACACCUGGCAGGGUUACAGUUUCAGGAACAGGAGGUACGAAACCAGAGCCAGAAAACAAACUACACCUCAGUAAGUUGGUCCCCGUUAUCUGCAAGGUCUGUGGCUUUGGGGCGGGAGCGAGGGAGGGCGAGUUGGAGUAAAGGGAAUUACUUAUGGUGACAAGGCAUGUUACUAGGCAGUGAGUCACAUCUCUCUCGCAGAGAUCCAUGUGGAGCAUUGCCAUAGAUGGUAAUUGGGGAAAUCGCUGUUGCCCUUUAAUUGUGACGGGUUUUUUUCAUCCUUCCAACCUAGGAGGGCAGCUUAUUGAACGCAACAUUAUUGCUAGUAAGAAGCUUCAUUGUGUGUGAAUCUAGAUCUGUCCCCUUUCUUGCAGAUCUGCAAAGAAUUUCUGUCUUUCUGUAGCCUCUCCUUUGUUCAGCUGUGGAAGGAAUUGCUUGACUGUGACCUGCCCGCCCCUGGCUUGGAUCAAGGAGCCGGGGUGUGUGUCUGUUGAACAGAUCAAGCUAGUGACUCAGUGACCAUUUGUAAUGUAUUGUGAAUUCUGAGAUUUUGGUGGGGCUCAGUGGCACUUCCUGUUUCUUAUCAGACAGACACUUGGCUGGAUACAGGAAAGGCAGACAACGUGGGUGGCAUCAGGAGCGGGUGGAAUACACAUAAGCAGGAGCCUUAAGCCAUCUAGUACAUGGGUUCUCAACCCUUUUCUUUCUGAGGCCCCCAUAACAUGCUAUAAAAACUGCAUGGCCCAUCUGUGCCACAAUAACUGGUUUUCUGCAUAUAAAAGCCAGAGCUGGCAUUAGUGGGUAGCAAGUCAAACAGUUGCCG